AUUUGGUCUUGCGUUCAACGUCAUCGAAAGCAGAUGUUGAUUCACAUGAUUUUGGUGGCGAGUGAUCACGUGUCUUUUUACAGCCGGGUAAUCUGCGCUCAGCCCCUGUACAGAAUUAUUUUUCUUCCCUAAAACGGUUGUAUUUCAUCAAUAUACGGAUAUAUUUUGAGGCCUCAAUAUGCCUAUAUUCUCGGAGCUGUAUUUUAAUGUGGAUAAUGGUUACUUGGAAGGGUUGGUCAGGGGUUUUAAGGCUGGAAUUCUUUCACAGGGAGACUAUCUAAAUCUGGUCCAGUGUGAAACCCUGGAAGACCUGAAGCUCCAUCUGCAGAGCACGGACUAUGGCAGUUUCCUGGCCAACGAGCCGUCACCCCUCACCGUGUCCGUCAUUGACGACAAGCUCAAAGAGAAGAUGGUGGUGGAGUUCCGUCACAUGAGGAACCAGUCCUAUGAACCGCUGGCAAGCUUCAUGGACUUUAUCACGUACAGCUACAUGAUAGACAAUGUGAUCCUGCUGAUCACAGGCACCCUGCACCAGCGGGCCAUCUCUGAGCUGGUACCUAAGUGCCACCCGCUGGGCAGCUUUGAGCAGAUGGAGGCUGUCAACAUCGCCCAGACCCCAGCAGAACUUUACAACGCCAUCCUGGUCGACACCCCUCUGGCUGCUUUCUUCCAAGACUGCAUAUCUGAGCAGGAUCUGGAUGAGAUGAACAUCGAGAUCAUCCGUAAUACUCUGUAUAAGGCUUAUCUGGAGGCUUUCUACAAGUUCUGCUCCACUCUGGGAGGAACCACUGGUGACACCAUGUGUCCUAUUCUAGAGUUUGAGGCGGACAGGAGGGCCUUCAUCAUCACCAUCAACUCAUUUGGUACGGAACUGUCUAAGGAGGACCGUGCCAAGCUGUUCCCCCACUGUGGCAAGCUGUACCCUGAGGGGCUGGCUCAGCUUGCCCGCGCUGACGACUACGAACAGGUCAAAGCUGUGGCCGACUACUACCCUGAAUACAAGCUCCUGUUUGAGGGAGCAGGCAGCAACCCAGGGGACAAGACACUGGAGGACAGGUUCUUUGAGCAUGAGGUGAAGCUGAACAAGCUGGCGUUUCUGAACCAGUUCCACUUCAGUGUGUUCUAUGCCUACGUCAAGCUGAAGGAGCAGGAGUGUAGGAACAUCGUGUGGAUCGCUGAGUGUAUCGCACAGAGGCACCGCGCCAAGAUAGACAACUACAUCCCCAUCUUCUGAUCUGAACACACACACACACACACACACACACACACACACACACACACACACACACACACACACACACACACACACACACACACACACACCAGUACCUCCCUACAUUCUGAUACAGACACACACACACACCAGUACCUCCCUACAUUCUGAUCUGAACACACUCAUCUCUCUCUUCUAAUCCCACGUAUCCAUCCUUCCACAGCUUCUCUCCGAUCCACAGUUACUAUACAGUCGCUGGUCCUAAUAACAAACACAUGUAUCUUCUAAUCUGAGAUUGACAACUCUUCUUUCUAUAGCUGAGUGAUGCCAUGUCUAGUCCUUCUACAUUAGGACUGGUAAAUGUGCUCCAACUCCCAUUUUGUUUUUGUCUCUUCAUGGACAGAUGCUAAAUACCAGCUGUCCUCUACCGCUGGCGUUCAACCAGUGACCUAAUUUAACAAGGUUUUGAUUUUAUUUCUGAAAGAUACUGCUCCUUCUAUAACACACAUGGGUCAAAGUGACUUCUUCAGAAGAGCACACUGGUUCCUCCUCUGAGACAUUCCCCCAGCCAGCCAGCCAACUCCACUAAGGAAUGAUGGGAUGGCUACUUGCUGCUUUUGACCAAUCAUCGGCACUGUCUAUUGUGCCCAGGAAGUGAACGUGUCAACAGCAGGUUCACUUCAGACAGAAACCCAUUCCAUCUCUCAGCUUUAGGAUCUCAUCCUUUUGACUUUAGUUGGAGUGGAUCAGAUAUUGAGUCCAGUGUGAAUCUGUCACCCCGUUGAAAGGUAUUUUUUUCCCUAGCUGGUUGCUUGUUCUGGCAAUGUACUAUACUGUCUUGAUUGGUUGAGUGUGUUUUGUUUUUGUAGUCGCUAUAGAAGUGAAGCGACUCUUUACAUUCAGCAGUUUAAGUGUGUGUGCGUCUCUAAUUGAACCCUAUUCACCUAGUACACUUAGUUUGACCAUGGAACCCUAUUCACUAAUUAGUGCACUUAGUUUGACCAUGGACCCCUAUCCACUAAGUAAUACACUUAGUUUCACCAGGGGCCUAUAUGGUUUUGGUCCACAGUAGUGAACUGUAUAUGGUUCCAUCUGGGACAGCUCCAGAUACUGUGAUGUACAAUAUCCAUAGAUGGAGAAGCAGAGUUUACUGAAUAAUUUUCACCCUCCUGAUUUAUAUUUUCUGUUCUCUGAAAAGGAUAUGUGUGUGUGUGUGGAUUAUGUCCUUUUCUUUAUAAAUAAUACGUGUGUAGGAAUUCUGUCCUAUUGUAAAUGAGAUGACUGGACCUGAACAGUCCAGGUAUUAUUACAAAUUACAUCCUGGGUUGAAAUAGAUGUUAUGUGCUUAUAUAUGAAAAAAAGAGAAGCGAAUGUGAUGUUUAAACUACAAGGAUAUAUAUAUAUUUCAAAAUGACUUUAAUGAUUUGUAUUUCUUUUUGGCAUGAUGUAAAAAUCCAUGUCUCGCUGUCAUGGUCCUGUUAAAAUGAGUUCUGUGUCUUAUUUGUGAAAUGUGUUGUAAAAUGUAAUAAAUACUACAUGGAAACAAA